ACACGAGCGUGGUCUCGAUGUCUCGCGGUCGGGUGCGAUGGGUGGCGAAGCGGAGCGUCCUGCACAGGGCGUGGGCGAGGGAGAGGAUACCGAGCGUUAUGCGGAGGGAGGUGUUGCGAGAUAUGGGGAGGGUGCGGAUGCUGCGGAGGAGGACGAGGCACACGUUGACCUUGAGGUUGGCGUGGCCGAGGGGGAGCGGACACCGAGGGGAGAGGGGGGCGUGCCGAAGUCCGAUCCGAUGGCUCAUCAGAGGGCGGUGGACUGGGAGCGGAGGUGCGGGAAGAAGGCCGUCCCGCCUGAGACAACAUGCACGCCGAGUUCUUCAAAGAGUGUUGUUCCUGAUAGAGCAAGCACGUCGGGUUCUUUGAAGAGGAAAAAGGGGGGUGCACAGCUUUCUGGCACCAGUGCAGGGAAGAGGUUGCGGCAACAGAAAAUGACGGACACGUAUGGUGGUGAGUGGAUUGGUGAGUGGAGGAAGGCAUUCUUUCGCUGGGUGUGUUCCAGCGGGAUUGCCUUCAAUGCCUUCCGGAACACGCCGUACUGGGACCUCCAGCAGGUUGCUCUUCGACAACCUGGUGGAGCACCUCUUCCUGUGCUUCCAUCCCACAGCGAGAUCGCAGACAUGCGAACUGUGAAGAUCCACCGCGAGCAGUUGGCGGAGGAGUUGGAGGAGGUUAGGCAGCCAUUAUGGGUGAGUGGCGCCACCCUCCUCUCUGACGGGAGGAAGUCACGAGAUGGGCGACCGAUCGUGAACUUCCUCGUAGCUGGGUCUCGAGGGGUCGUCAUGUACACGACGAUCAGCCAAGAGGGGGAGCCGGACGAUACGGUGCACGUCCUGCAGAGAUGGGUCAUCAUCUUUCAUGAUUUCAGAUUCGGUGGCCCACAGCGGGUCAAUGCUAUAUGCACUGACUCCGCCUCUGCAUACGUUGGGGCUGCGAGAGCUUUGGCCUCGCCAUCUAUGCCCCCUGAGCUGAGGAGGAUCACUUGGCUCCCAUGUUGCGUCCAUGUCUGCAACAAGUUGUUGUCAGACAUUGGCACGAUCUGCACCUCUUUCGUGGACACGAUCACGCGUGCCCGAGUUGUGGUGGUGUUUUUCAAAACCCACCAGGCCGCUCUCAGCUUCUUUCGGAAGCGGAGCGAGGUGUUGGGCCUCGUGCUUUCAUGCGAGACGCGCUUUGCAUCCGUGUACUCCAUGUUAGAGAGGUUGUUCGCUCUGCAGGAUCGUUUGCAGGGCAUGAUGACAGCGGAGGACGGUCGGGCAUGGGCUAGGAUCCCGUGGUCCCCCGACGUUUGCGACAUGGCGCGUUGGGUGCGCCGACAGAUCAGGUGGUCCCCUUGGUGGGAGAGGAUGCGUGCCAUCAAGCACAUCAUGGAUCCUGUCAUGGACUUGCUGAGGCGGAUGGACCGUGGCGGGCAGUUCAUGUCCCUCGUUGUAGAGUGGACUCGGGAUCUUGCACGCCUUGUGCGGGACGCUUGCAUUCCUCUUGGCAAGUCCUUUUCUGACCGUAUCAUGAGGCGUGUGCAGACCCGUAUACAGCACAUGCUGGAGCCCGCACACUGCGCCGCGUUCUUACUGAACCCCCGUCGCCAGAAUGUUCAGUACUUCUCCGCGCAGCUCGACCGGUACCACACUUGGCUUGUUCGACAAGCCAAGAGGUAUCUGUUGUCUCAGACGGGCCACGAUGAGUCGGGUGGUCGUUACCUUGAGCGAGACGAGGGCAUGCUUGACGCUCAGGCGGGAUUGGACGUGGAGCCUGUGCGCUCAGGGACGAGGAAUGGGAUGACGGAGGAGGAGAUCCAGGAGCAAGCUGCCCUCAUUGCGCGCGAUCCCAUUGGGUCUUCCGCGCCGCCCCCUGUUGAGUCUGUUUUCGGUGCUCGUGCGACUAUUUUCCGCCCAUACCCCAGGGAUGAUGACUCUGCGGACGAGAGGGAGUCGGAAGCAGCGGACGGCCCAAUGCUUCCCAUCCCGCAUGAGAUUGAUGAGUUGCACGAGGGGGGCGACGUGCGUGACGAGAGGAAGCACACCGCACUGAGGGCGGCAGACGAGCGAGAUAUGGAUAUGAUGGGGGGCGAAGAGUUUUGGGGAUCUUUCGGGGGCACGGAGGAGAGAUCACCCACUGCCGCGCGGGAGGAUACGCGUCCUUGCACGACCUUGCGGGAGGAGACGCCUGCUCCCAUGACUGCGAGUGAGGAGCCGGGUCCUGCCAUGACAGUGUGGGAGUGGACGACUGUUUCGUCGACCGCGCAGGAGCAGACGCCUGCUCCCAUGACCACGCGAGAGCAGACGAGUAUUCCCGCUACGCAUUCCGGAUCCUCGUCCCUGUCGCCUCUUUCGCCCCGUCAGCUCGUUUUGGACCCGGGUGCAUCGAGCGACUUGGGGGAGAUGGGUGUUCAUAGCGGGGCACCACCGGUGGAGGAGAGGGAGAGACGAGCGGAGGAGCACGGAGCCGCCGGAGCGGGCGGAGGUGAGGGUAUUCAGGGUAUGGAGGAGGAGGUAGCUGGAGUAGUGGGGGGCGUGGUGGAGGUAGAUGAUGAUGCGCACGUCGGGAGAGAGGAGGGCGUGCUGCCAUCGGAGGUUGAAAGAGAGGACGAUGUGGUGAGGAUGCAGGAGGCGACGAUGAGGGACGAUGAAGGAGAGGAGGCUGUGGCAGGGGUAGACGAGAGCGUGGCUGGGGUAGAUGAUGGUGCCGCCCAGGUUGAGAUGGAGGAGGAUGUGGUGAGGGCAGAUGCUGCUGCGUUGGUUGGGGGAGAGGAGGGCGUGGUAGGGGGGGACAUCGCCCAUGGUACAGGAGAGGGAGGCGCCCACCUUGACCCGAUCGUCCAGCGUUUCGUCGAUGACGAGAUGGGUCCCGCACUAGCGGGUUUGACCCCGGGCACAAGGAGGGCACUGGGGGCGUCGCCAUCAGGACAGAGAGGGGCGUCAGGGCUGGGGAUGGGGGAUUUCAUGGACAUGUCUUUGGGGGAUCCGCCCACCCCUGCUCACGCAGAGAGAGAGGAUGUGGCGCGUGCCCUAGCAGCCGCUGGGUACUCCACACAGGAGAUCGAACAGGCAUUUGCAGGACGCUCCGGGAGAGAGACAGACUCGCUUCAGCAGGGGUGCGAGGAGGUAGUAGAGCAGCCACAGGAGGAGCGUGAGGAUGCACCCCCUGCGGAUAUCCACGGAGGUAGUAGUUCGUUGGUACCGUUCACGGGCUUGCAGAUGACGACGACGAUGCGGCCAGUUCGACCGUGUGUGCAGGGGUCAGGUUCUGGGGAGGAGGCAUUUGUUCAGGUACCAUUGGUCAUAGUUGUAGAUUUAGGAUCUGAGGUAGUUCUUCGUACAGCGGAUACUGGGCGGCGAGCUCCUCAGGAUACAGCUCGCCCAUUGGAUUUCGCGAAGCUCGCACGGGCUGCUGUGCGUGACGUGACGCGACGGGAGGACACCGACCCUAGCAGACCACUUAUACCGCCUCCUCCUCCGAGAUCACGUCACAGCGAUUACCCCUCGACACCAGUCGGUCGGCCCCCCCGUUCACCAUCCAUGCCCACCAGACCCAGGGUUCGUGACACGACGGCCGUAGGGAGCCUCCCUCUUGACACGUCGCUAUUCGGGAGGACGGAUAUCGACCUGGAGUCCGUACGUCGGGUCACAGUGCACACUGCACGACAGCAGCCAGGUUUGGGUGGGGCUGACCCUGGGAGGGGUGCGCCGAGGGAGGUCAUGGCGGCAGUAUCUCAGCCGCGAGAUGUUCACGGGGUUGGACAGGCCGGGUGUACCUUGCAGGCCGCUUUGGCAGCAGCAGCACGUGCUGUGCGUGAGCAUACAUCACACAGGUGCGGAGUCGUUAGUACGAGUUCCAUGCCUCAGAUGAUGCCUGCCACGGGGGAUGCCGCGUUGGAGGAGUCUUCUGGAGCCGAGGGGUUGGAGAUGCCGCGCGGUUCUCGUCGUGAGAAGACAGUCGCAGAGGUGACUCAGGUGAGUGCUAGGUUUGUUCGGGUGAGGACAGGGGCUGCCCAUGUGACCGUGGUGGAGGACGAUCCCGAGACGGAGCCUGCACGUGAGGAGGCCGCACAGGAGGGUGACGAGUACAGGGACGACGAGGAGCGUGAGGAGGAGGAGAGCGACAACGGGGAUGAUGACAGCUACCACGACGACGACGACGAGCCCUCCCCUCCACCGCGGCAUGGUUCUCGUAGAUGACGUGGCUCUCGUAGAGGACAUGAUGACAUAGACGACCCGUCCCCUCCAGGGCGGCGGAAAACGAGGAGCCGGAGGAGUUGAGGGUCAUCCGUUGCGACAGCGCC